UGGAUGAGUGCCAAAAACGUGGUCAAGUGAUUGAUGGUUUUCCUCUCUGAAAAGGCGAUCAUUUACACCGAAGCCUUUUGAAUGCAAAAUGAAGUAGUCGGCACUACACAGGGAAAUGUCGAUAUGAACUGUUCAUAAGGAAUCAUAAUUCACCUGAAAUGCCACGUAGGUGAUGUUUUGUCAUGAUAUAAUUUACUGUUUGCCCAAGGGCUGGUUACAAACGGCUUCUUCUAUAGGUCAUCGAUGAUGAAUUUCUCUCUGUUUGCAAUCAACAAUUUCCUGAAGUGUUUGUUUUGUUGUCUCUCGUAAGGCGAAAGUUGAAGCUGUACAAGCUACUACAGAGGAAUCUUUGAGCACGUGUUACCUUGUAUUCAAAUUUCUGACUAGUUAUUCGCAUUCAUUAGUUUCGCUGAUUGUAAUUCAGUCUCCGCAUCCGAGGAAAUUUUAUAUCUUGAAUACAAAGAAAGAUAAUUGUUUACUAUUUUAUAUUUAAAAUGGCAGCAUCCCACUUACGCUGUGAAGGUUAGUACAUAUUAUUUUCAGCCAGAAUGGUAAAUUUCAAGCCUUUCACGUAGCGACAGAACGUGCAAGUGAAAGAUUGACAGAUUCGACUCAUGAAUUUAUUAUGGAAACAGUUGGCAGUAGACAGAGUCUAAUUCAAAUGUAUAAAAUCACAUUCUUAGAAAUCCCCUCGUUGCCUGAAAUGCUUUAGUUUCAUCUUAAAAAAUACGCUUUUAAAUUUUCGAUUGACAGAUUUGACUCAUGAAUUCAUUUUGGAAACAGUUGACAGUAGACAGGGUCUAAUUCAAAUGUAUAAAAAUUCAUCGUUAGAAUUGACCUUCCGUCGCCUGAAAUGUUGUAUUUUCAUCUGAAAUACGCUUUUAAAUUUUCGUGAGGCUCGACUCAUGUGAAGAAAAUAUUGAACAGUAUUAUAUUGCGAAGCAACAAAGGCGCAAUUGAUAAAACUGUGAUAUGACGCGUUCGUGCGCGUGAAAAAUAAUCGAUUUGUUUUCGAAUGUUCUCAGAUCCACGAAUAGUAGCGAAUUUAUGAAAGCGACCCAGAAUAAUAAGAGACUGUUAAAUCGAUCUGAAGUCAAUGUCAUAAUAUUCUUUAAAACUUGCCCUUUUUUUUUACAAUUAUUAGGUUCUCUCACAAAAUACGUGGUCUUCAUCAUCAGACAAAACGUUUUAGCCUACAGCAUCUUCUUAUUGUAGUUGUUAUUUUAAUCUGGUUUCUUUUUCAGUAACAAAGAGAUCAUAACACUGAAAGAGUCGAGUGAAUGGCCGAGAUUGGUCAGGUAGGGUGGGUGUAUUAAGUUCGGGUGGGAUAUAUGUUGUAUGUUAUGCCUUCGACCAUAGUUCUUUUCUUGUCACGCAACAGAAGCAAAAGAAUUUGCGUGACAAUUAGGCCACCUGAUAAAACAGACAAAGCUUUAUGGGGGUUAUGCUUUUACUUUGGAAAAAAACAACCGUAAUGAAAAAAGGCUUUUUCAUGUCUUCUAUUGCGUAAUUAAACCCAAAAUAUUGGUUUUCUUCUAUUUUGAGAAAGUCUAGUCCCUUUUAGGAUCUCACACAACGCACAUCUCUCCUUUCAAGUGGGCAUUGCGUGACACCUGAGAUCGGAGGGAAAAAAUGCUAAGGAAUAAAAUUAGAAUUAGACUUAGUUGAGAAGUCCCUUUAGUGUAAUUUUCGGAAGCUGCUUUAGGUUGGGAUAGUUUGGUCAUUUUUAAUUUCAUAGAAACGUCAAAUAAUGAGAAAACCUUAAAAUAGUAGUUUCCUUUGAAAGACAAACACCAAUUAUGUAGGAAGAAACAGAGAAGGAAUCAGAUUAUUCAAGACUGAGUAAAACAGAUUCGGUACAAAAAUGGGAAAUGGCAAAAAAAGUAUGACGCAGCUCUCAUAAACAUUUUUUACAGAUGGACGUUAAUGCUGCACCGCAGAGCACUUCCCGAACUGGUGGAGAAAUUAUUAUUCCACUCAGCGAGGUUCCGCCAGUGAGGGUGCACUGCCCCAAUACUCUUCGUGGUAUUCAGCCAAGGAUCUUUCAUCAGAGCAGUGAUCUAAAUACAGCAUCGAUCAACAAGUGUGGAUCUGCCAAUGGAACGAUGAAGAGUAGCACGGGGGUCGCGUUUUCUGGGGGAGGUAUCCGCUCGGCUGCCUUUUGUUCCGGUGCUUUGCGCAAAUUGUUACAAGAUGACGUCCCGUUUGAAUAUCUGAGCUGUGUUUCCGGGGGAGGUUACACUGGUGCUGCUUUUAUGGAUUGGAAAUUUCGCCAUGGCUCCAAAAAUAACACCAAGGAGUGGCACGAGGAGUUCUUUGAACACAUGCGAGCUAAUUCUGGGUACUUAUGCAACUGGCAAAAUCCCAUUCUAGGAAUUUUUCAAUCCCUGCUACUUAUACAAAUCGGGCUACUUGUGACGUGCAUUUUGCCAUGCAUGAUGUGGCUGCCUUAUGCACUUCCUGUUGCCGUAGCUGUGGAUUGUUUCUUUGGUGACGUUUUACGGGAGAACUGUACUUCCUUGCACUCCCUCCAACAUCCGGAUGCCUGGUCUUCGGUGCUGAUGCUGGAACUGUUUGAUGGCUGUCAUCCACCUGUCAGACGGGUGUUACUGUUUACAACAACAGCAAUAGUUUCGUUUGUGUGUUAUGUGUUGUCGAAAAAGGAAGGCCUGGCUCUUUACAAAGGCCCCCUUAGACUCCUAUCAACACUCAGUGGAUUGAUAUUUGCCUUUACUGCUUUUCCUUGGGCUGCACAUGACUUUUUGUGGCCCUCACAAAUGUGGAUGAGAUUUGUCAUUUUUUCUCUUAGCGUCGGGCUUCCUUUAUUUAUUCCUGUUCUCCGUAAUAGCGCUGGUUUUUGCCUGCGUUCUUACAUGUACACUUAUAUCCUGAGCUGGAAGGUCUUCAAGAUAAAUUUGAUGGGGAAUGUACCAUACUCCGAUGACGUGUUUUACCCAGCUUUGAUGAUGUGUGCCUUGGCCUUCAUAUUUUUUCCAUACAUUAGAUCUCUACAGCAGUCUCUGUUCCAUGUAUACUACAGGUUUGUGAUACGUAAAUAAUCGUGAACUCUUACCGGUUAUAUUCGAUUCCUUUCGUGGUUCACUAAAAGAAAAUUGGCAUGACGUAAUUAAAUAUCAUAAGCUCGAAGAAACGAAAGAAUAAAUUUAACUCAUAGUUCUUCAAACCUGGUUGAAGUAACUAGAAUUCUGUCUCAUUUUCUCAGUAUUAGCAGUUGUAAGAGACUUCAUUCUCCUUCCUUUAUCUCUGGAAAGAAAAUUGGUCAGAUAACUUAAUAUAGGUGUCUCCCGUUUUAGGUAUCGUUUGUCCAACGCCUUCUUUAGAUACGGAGGAAAACUUCGGCAUGGAGAUGUCUUUCCUUGGUGUGUGGAGCCAAUCAAAAGUAUCCUAAAGUACAUCAAACGAAACGAGUUCCGGAGGGUUUGUCCUUGUGAGAUGGAAGAUGAGCUGUCGCUUCAGGACUUGGAGGGUCUUUCACCCACUUUCAUCAGUAAUAUCACAGUUAACGGUUGGCAAAUUGGUAAGGGUGCCGGUUCACGUCACCAAUUGAUGUCAUUCUCAACAGAUGGAGCGAAACUUAUCGGCAACGAUACAGAAAAUACAGGGAUUGCUGCACAUACGUUUGCCGCUUGUCCUCAUUCUCGCCUCAUGAAGUUAUCUGUUGCAAUGACCUUAUCUGGAGCUGCUGUCAGCUUUGAUAUGGGAGACGAUUUUCAGAAUGGCCUUGAUAUGGUCUCUGACUUGUUCACUUUGGUAGGAAUAAGUUUAGGAGAUGAACUGGCGUAUGGCGAACAUUCUGAAGAGGAAUUAAAUUGCAGUGAAAAGGUGUGUGUAUAACUUCAACGAAAUUGUGUCGUGUUUUCAGACCAAAGGGGAAGGAGACAACUUAGCAAAACUUUUUGUAUAUACGCGAUCUUAACGUAAUGAGGAAGGUUUUCUUCUUCAGCGUUUGAACCUCGGUUGCUCACCCUUCUAAUAUUUAGCUCUUUACAGGAAAUAUUCAAGACCUUAUUAUGCCUCAUAUGACACUAAUGAAUCUAUCCUGGGUACCACAGCAUACUUUUAAGACCUUAUGCAAAAGGAGCUAACACUCAAUCUUAACAAGUAAUGUUUUGUUCUCCUCAGUACGUGACACCAAUCUUGGUUGAAAUUGCCUGCUUUUUUCCACUGAUGGCCUUACCCUUUGUCUACUGGCUUGGAAAUAGCAAAGACUGUGUGGUGCUCUUAGUACUCCUACACAUCGCCGUAGUUGUGGCACUUGCAAGUUUGGCUGCGCUCAAUACUGGGUCGACUCAACCGGGAAAAAUUCAGCGCUUAGUCAGGUGCUUUUCUAAAACUGUUUUACUACCACCGAGAGCACCAUCUACUAUCACUUCACCAUCAGUGUCAUCAUCAUUAUGUUGGCCAACACGGACGGCCAUCUAGAUCACUAUUUCCAUGACUGUGACAGUAUUAUGAUGAAUAACUCCAUCAUUUAUUUAUUAAUAGAUUGAAUGAGCACCAUCGUCAUUAAUGCUAUCAGCAUGUAUCAAACACAGCUGCACCAAACAGAUCACAAAAUCUGUAUCCUCUAAUAGUGCUGGAUGUCACUGCUUCUUUAAUUUUGUGUACCACAAGUGAGACAGAGUUAACUUUUACGCUUCCUUAUACUGUGGAAUCAGCGGCCUCAUUCUAUUUGAUUUUGCCAAAAUAAUGCUUUCAUUUAUGUUUUUUGCCGUUCCAAAUGACCAUGAUUCAUUAUAUUUUCUCUUUCAGAUGGUGUGUUACUCACAUUUUCUACGUUCGCUUCCUUCGUGGGUUUCUAAACAUAAAUAACGUUGGACUUAAUCCUCCGCCAGUACUGCGACUCAGCGAUGGAGGACACUUUGAAAACCUGGCCUUACUUCCACUACUUGACAGAAAGCUGGAGAAAAUUGUGAUACUUGAUGGCUCCUGUAACCCUGGUGGUCAUAAAUACGCCGAUUCUCUCCUUACUGCUCUGAGAAUGGCGAGGCAGAAAUUACACUGCUCAUUUACUGGAGUGAAUGGGAGAGAUAUCGAGGAAGAUAUUAGAGUUAAUUUUUUGAAAAUUAAUUCACAACAAAGACCACGGAGCUACCAAUUCCGAGUCCAGUAUUAUGAUGAGGAUGACAACAAAACAGGAGAGGGAGAAAUACUCUUCAUUGCUCCCAGACACCCAUCUGAGAGCAUACCUCUUGCGAGAAUUGUCACCCAGCAACCAAAAUCGUGGGAAAAUUCUGAUAUCAAGCUGGGAGAUCUAGACCAAGGGAAAUGGGGAAGAAGUCCUGAGAUUACUGAACACGAAGCUGACAGACUGACAGGUUGCUGCUGUUUGUGUUGCCAUAGAAAGAGCUGCCAGUACAUGUCUAACCUUCUGCAAGGGUCAUUUCCUCAUCACAUCACCGCUAAUCAGUUCUUUACACCCGAGAUGUUUAGCUUGUACCAUCGUGAAGGCUAUGGGGCUUGUAUUGAGGCUGAUAUUUCAGGUUUCUUAAAGACAAAUUAGAGAAAGACUAGCGAAAAUGUGUACAAGUACAUUGAAAAGAACUGUUAAAAAGGACAACAAUUGCUUAGACGGAGAUAAAUGCAAACUUUUAAAAAAAAUCACUGAUUAUUGUUCCCGUGUUGCUUAGCUUGUCAGUCCUCAAGGAAUCAUUCAUUUCGCUCAGACUUUGUAUAAACAACUUCUUCCCACUGCAUUAGAUCACUUACUCCCGAAAAGGUGAAAAAUGGUCGACUUUUGCCUUCGUAUUGUUUUUCAAGAUAAUUUUGUAAAUUACAUAUGGGCAGCAUUUGAACAGCCAACGGGGAUAAUUCACUAUCGCGUUGCAUCGCUGCUUCUCUGGACGAAGGUAUUUAAGGAGGAUUUUCUCUCUAACAAUCUGCUGUCCCCAGGAUUUUUUUUUAUUUCUAAAUAGAUCUCUUCUAUUAUAACUAUUCUUUUUAAUACAAAGAGCACUAAUUAGUGUAAAGCUUAUCGAGAACUAAACGAUUGAUGACCUUAUAAAUAUUCACCUAUCUCAAUAAUGAUGAUAUUGAUAAUAAUAAUGAUAAUUAUUUAAGGUUAUUUUUUUAAAGAGAUUUAUCAUUUUAAAAUAUUGACGAAUUAUUGAAAUAAUUAAUGAAAACGAAAUUAUUUAAAAAGCAUAUAAAAAAAACUGGAGUAAUAAAUGGAUCAAAGUUAUAUAUACG